AUGAUAAAUAAUGAUAAUAUGAUGAAUAACAACAACCCAGGCUCAAAAUUGAUUCAAUUUCAAGAAACUUACGAAGUCAAGAGCUGCAAGUUGAAGAGCGACGAAGUUACAGAGUUGAAUCGUGACAAACAGCAACUUAAAGCUGCUAGAUCCAAGAAGCGUAAGCAUACAUUCGAUAUUACAAAUAUAUCAGAUUAUAAAAAUCUGGAUGACCAUAUUUGGUCAGAUAAGGAUAUUGAUAGGAGGGCUUCCGAUUACUUUGCUGUUUUAUUAAUGGCUGGUAAAAAUAUAAAUAUCUGGAAACCUUCAGGUAGGCCUUCAAUAUACUUUGGAGGUUCUAAAAGAACCCAAAGACACAAAAAAGCAGAGCUAAAGAAGGCUGCACAAAACAAUCGAUCUAUUACUACAUAUCUAGCCCCUGCCUUAGCACCUAACAUUGCCUCAGCUUCGACUUUGAUAGGAAUGAAAUCAAUAGAUGUGGAAUCAAUGGAG